GCAUGCUUGGUGACCGACAAAGUUCACUUUCCGUGUAAACUUGUUGGAGGCACAUCGGGAACUGAGUCGAAAAUGUUGCGUUCUGCCAGGAAUUUCGUGAAGAUUUGGGAUGCUGUGGCGAAACAGUCAUUGCUGAAGACUGUCGGUUCUUCACACACGGCUGUUCAAAGAUGUUAUGCAAGCUCCGACGCAGAAGCGAGAAAGGAGUCCAAGUCCUUUGCUAUGAACCUGUUUCGGGGAAAGAUCCAGACGGACCAAGUCUUCCCAUUCCCGGAGGUGCUAUCAUCAGAACAGCAGGAGACCCUUCAAAUGUUGAUAGACCCAACUGCAAAGUUCUUUGAGGAAGUAAAUGAUGCCUUGAAGAACGACUCCAUUGAGAAGGUAGACGACCCAACAUUAGAGGGCUUGAAGGAACUCGGUGCCUUUGGACUGCAAGUUCCUGUCGACCAUGGUGGGCUGGGACUGUGUAACACACAGUAUGCCCGCCUGGUGGAGAUAGUCGGAGCACAUGACCUGGGCGUCGGCAUCACACUCGGGGCACAUCAGUCUAUUGGGUUCAAAGGUAUUCUGUUGUUCGGCAACCCAGAACAGAAAAAGAAGUACCUGCCAAAGUUAGCAUCAGGGGAGACGGUAGCAGCCUUCUGUCUGACGGAGCCAGCCAGUGGAUCCGAUGCCAGUUCCAUCAAGACGAGAGCUGUGCCCACUGCAGAUGGCAAACACUAUAUUCUCAAUGGCAGCAAGAUCUGGAUCAGUAAUGGUGGCCUGGCAGAAAUCUUUACUGUCUUUGCCCAGACUCCUGUGACAGACCCUAAGACAGGCGUUACCAAGGACAAGGUCACUGCAUUCAUUGUGGAGAGGAGCUUUGGUGGGGUGUCAAAUGGCCCCCCGGAGAAGAAGAUGGGCAUCAAGGCCUCCAACACUGCUGAAGUUUACUUCGAGGAUGUCAAGGUCCCAGCAGAUUGUGUCCUGGGAGGUGAAGGUGGAGGGUUCAAGGUCGCCAUGAACAUCCUGAACAACGGGCGGUUCGGGAUGGCUGCAGCCCUCUCUGGCACCAUGAGAUACUGCAUCCACAAAGCGGUGGAGCAUGCCUCCCAGAGAACUCAGUUCGGCAAGAGGAUCGACUCGUAUGGAGCUAUCCAGGAGAAGAUUGCCCGUAUGACCAUGAUGCAGUAUGUCACCGAGUCAAUGGCAUACAUGGUGUCUGCAAACAUGGACCAGGGUUCCACAGAGUUUCAGAUUGAGGCUGCCAUCAGCAAGAUUUUUGCCUCCGAAGGGGCGUGGUUCUGUGCAGAUGAAGCUAUACAAGUCCUGGGAGGAAUGGGAUUUAUGAGGGACUGCGGGCUAGAGAGAGUGAUGCGAGACCUUCGUAUCUUCCGCAUCUUCGAGGGAACUAAUGACAUCCUUCGUCUCUUCGUAUCACUGACAGGAAUUCAGUAUGCCGGAGGUCAGCUGAAGGAGGUACAGAAAGCACUGAAGAAUCCGGCAGCUAAUGUUGGAGUACUCUUGAACAUGGGGUCCAAGAGAGCCAAGAGAAUGGUAGGCAUGGGCUCUGGUCAGUCCCUCAGUGAGUUUGUCCACCCCGAGCUGCAGGAUGCAGGGAAUAAGACUGCCAAAGCAAUUGAAGAGUUUGGAGGAACAGUUGAAGAUGUGCUCAUAAAGUUCAACAAACAAAUUAUAGAUGAACAGUUUGUCCUGAAGAGGAUUGCAGACUCUGCCAUUGACAUCUACGGCAUGGUGUCGUCACUGUCCCGAGCCUCACGAAGCCUUACUGAGCAUCACCAGUCCGCCUAACAUGAGAAACUUAUCGUGAAUGUUUUCUGUGAUGAGGCUGCAGAAAGAAUCAAGACCAAUUUGGCAUCUUGCAGUAACAAACAGUCAAAGCAGAACUUUGACAGUCUGGCCCAGAUCUCACAAGAUGUUGUUGGCAAUGGAGGCCUCUUUCAACAGCAUCCGCUUGGAAUGUAACAAGACGGACGAGACAAGAUUUUGCUUUUAAUCCAUUUUUGGUUGUCACUUUAGCUCCAUCAUCCAUCAGUGUAGGUUUCACAUUUGUAAAAACUGUUUCUGUUUAUUUUAUCAAAAUAUGUGAAACAUUUCCUUGAAAAUAUCAAUCUGUAGAAUUAUACAUUAACCAUGUUCUGUGUUUGGAAAUAACCUAAUCAAUGUUUUGAUAGUUUGUUUUGUUAUUUAUUUAAGCAUACCAUUUCUUGAAAAUUUGUUAAUUUUGGAUUUUUGGUUUUAACAUGUUUAUGUUGCGUUUGGGAUAAUGAAGCUGAAUUGAUGACUCUGCAGAUUAUGCCACAGAUCAAUAUUGUACAUACCAUUCCAGGAGGGAAGACGAUUGUGUGUGUGUGUGUGCAUGUGUGUGUGUCUGUGUGUUUGUUUAUUUGCAUAUGUGGAAUGAUGUGUGUGUAUGAACUCUAUUUGUACAAUAUUUUGUUGUACAUAAUUUUCAACAUAUCAAACUAAUACAUAUUUAUCGUAAUAGGUACAAUGUCCAUUGAAUCCUUGAUUUUACAUUCGAACAUAUGAAACAACAUUAAAUGAUUUUUGUGGUUUUUGCUUAAGUCUGUUUUUGUGUUCAGAUUUUUAUAAAAGUAUUCUCAUCUCUGGUUUCUUUGAGAAAUGCUUGUGGAAUUCUACUCCUAUUUACAAAUGAUUUUUUGAGCCAUGAAAUGACAGCUUGAGGUUUAUUGCCUAGUUUGAUAUUUUACUUUAUUUAAAAGGGCUGCAACAAAUACACUAGGAGACAAAUACAAUCAUGAUUAUAGGGUAACGAUUAUCAAUAUUUAUUCUUGAAUACGAUGACAAGUCAACAGCUGAUGUAUUAUGUUUAAUAUUUAGUGAAACAAUAAAUAAAUACCGAUUAGUCGAGUUGGGUACCAGUAGCCGACAAAGGGGGUCGGCUUAUGUUCGAGACAUACCAUUUUGAUACAGAUUUUAAGGGUCAAGUUAGGACCUAGGCUUAUCUACAGUAAUAUAUGGCAAA